AUGGAGAAUCUUUGUAGGCAAAAGGAAAGGGUUUAUGUAAUUCAAUUCAAAAAUCGUUCCAAUCAAGAGAACUUCGAUGACAAGUCUGAUUUCAUCGCUACCAAAGGAGAUGGAGGUGGACCAAAAGAUCCCCCAACUUGCUCAGUUAAGAAGAACAUUCUAGGAGAGAUAAGAAGCUACACAUUUACUUGUGCUAGAGCGGGUAAAUGUGAUAACACCGGUGAGAAACCAUUAGACCCACAAGUUACUACUAAAUGUCAAUUCCCAGCUAGGAUAAUGAUACGACUAGAUACUUUAGUUGGGUAUGUGAUUAGCAAGGUUGACUUGGUUUAUAAUCAUCCACUAAACCCUGAUGAUUCUAGAUUUUUUCGUUGUAAUCGGUAUAUUAGCGCCCAUGUAAUGAAUCAGAUUGAUCUAUUUGAUAGAGCAGGUGUUAGGGUGAACAAAGUCUAUAAUAUAUGCAGAAAUGAACAUGGUGGUCCUGAGAAUAUGACUUGUACACCAAAAGAUUGCAUAAAUAUGGUUGAUAAACUAAGGCGUAUAAGGCUUGAGGAAGGAGAUGCUGCUGCAAUUCUUAAAUAUUUUGCAAACAUGAGUAUGCAAAAUUCGGGUUUCUAUUAUAAGGUGGAUUUAGAUAAUGAUGGUUACUUGGAUAAGGUGUUUUGGGCAGAUGGUAGGUAUAGAGAAGCAUAUAAGGAAUUCGGCGAGGUUAUUUCAUUUGACACUACAUACUUGGUGAACAAGUAUAAUAUGCCUUUUGCUCCGUUUGUCGGGGUAAAUCAUCAUGGACAGUCAAUAUUAUUUGGGUGUGGGUUGGUUUCACAUGAAGAUAAAGAUUCGUUUGCGUGGUAA